AUGUAAUAAUAUACUGUCUAUUCGCCAAAUAAAAAAAUGCACUGCUUAAACAGAAAUGGAUAAUAUUAGUUGUAUGUCCUACUUAAUAAAUGUUUUAAGGUUAUCCCCAGAUUAAAAACAUGAAUAAAAAGUUGAAGGAUUGUUGAGAAUGAUUGAUUCACAAUUUGAGAGCAUGCAUAAACAUUCAAAUGCCUUAGAAAACUAACCUAAUUUCAAAACUGAACCCAAUGAGAUUGAAUAUGAUUGCAAUCCUACAAAAACUGUUAGACAUUUCAAAUCUCAAGACAAUAUUUCCAAAACUGCAUUAUCUAAUUUGUUAAACCUUGUUGACACUAAUAUUUUAAAAUCUACUAAAUUAAAUCAUUCUAAAACCUAUGCUAUUCAGUAAACAAUUUAAUAAUUUUAGUGACGAUUUACCAUCUAAAAAUAAAAAACCUACAAAAACAGAUUAUUCGGUUGAAUUUUAAAAUGAUUCAUAACUAGACAGAAUUAAGACAUAAAUGUCAAAUACUUCUAUUUAAGAUGCUUCUGUUUAAACUAAACCUAAUAAACGAAAAAAAUUGGGUUUUUUCACUUAUGAGAUCUCAUACCUUUCACCAAAAUGUAAAAAUUGUGCUUCUGAAAAGAAAAACUUAAAUGAUAGAAGCAUUUAAAAUUAAAGAGCUUAAAGUAAUUAUGUAAAUGCUUUUAAAGAGUGUACGAAAAACGAAUCUAUAUUAAAAUGCCUAUUCUCGAAACAAAACAAUAAGUUAAAAUAAUAAUUAAUUAAUAUUAGAUAUCCAGAUUAACUUUUUAGUGUAAACACUAAUAUUUAAGAAAAAAAGCCUUAACCAGAUCUUUUAAUGAAAGGAUUCAAGGAUUUGUCUUUACAAUAAAUUAUGAAGAAUAAAACCUCAAAAUAAUUUACAUAAAUAGCUCAAGAUGUUAAAAUAAUAUCACCUCCAAAACGAGGAUUAUUUCCUAAUGGAAAUAUUAAAUAAUAAAAGAAAGUUAUGGCAUAACCAUAUAAAAAUUAAUUUAAUAAAAAAUGA